AUGGGCACUGAAGAAACCACAUCAGAACAUACUACUAAAAGUUCAACCGAAAAUGCCCCUCAAAAUGUGUAUCCUUCUACUCCAACGGGCUUUCUCCAACAUAACUCUGAAGUCUUGCUCCCGUCAAAAGAGGCGGACUCCGAGCCUCGACAGGAAGCAUAUUCCGUCUUCACCAAGCGAGAAAAACAUAUAGCGGUUUUUCUUAUUACGUUCGCUGCGACCUUCUCUCCCUUGUCCUCGUUCAUAUUUUUCCCUGCAAUAAACGCCCUUUCUGUGUCUCUCAACGUGUCAGUGGAAAAGAUAAAUCUCACUGUCACGUCCUACAUGAUAGUUGCCGGACUCGCGCCGGCGAUUGUUGGUGAUAUGGCGGAUAUGACUGGUAGACGGAACGUUUACCUGCUGACUAUGUUCAUUUAUGCUGUUGCCAAUAUAGGAUUGGGGGUUCAAAAUAGUUGGAUAGCCCUUUUCUUGUUGAGAAUGAUGCAGAGUGCUGGUGGUGCUGCAACCAUUGCGAUGGGGUAUGGGGUGAUAUCUGACAUUGCUUCGCCGUCCGAACGUGGAGGUUAUGUUGGCAUGGUGCUGUUAGGUCCCAAUAUUGCAACUGCAAUUGGCCCAAUCCUUGGAGGGGGUUUGAGUGAAGGUCCAGGAUGGCGCUGGAUAUUCUGGGUUCCCGCUAUAGCCUCGGGAAUCUGUAUCUUGCUCAUCGCUCUUUUCUUACCUGAAACAUCCCGUUCCAUCGUCGGGAAUGGUUCGCGAAAUAUUUCAGCUCUCUAUCGCCCAAUUUUCCGCUACGACAAGUCGAGAAAGUUCACCCUCCAGCCAGCCCUCAAUGGAGAAGAGACGACCCGGCGGAAUUUCCGGAUUCCGAACCCUCUAGCAACUUUGAAAAUCCUCGCAUCCAGGGAUAGUCUUCUUAUCACUGCCAUAUACGGAAUCUACUACAUGAACUUUAGCUGCCUCCAAGGCUCCCUGUCAACCCUUUUUAUCGACAUCUACAAAUUCUCAGAGCUUAAAGCAGGCUUAGUUUACCUACCCUUUGGUAUCGGGUCAUGUAUUGGGGCAUACUGCUCAGGUAUCGUUUUCUUUUUCUAUUUGACUGGAAGAGAAUGUAACUUAACUACUAUCCGGCUAGGAAAAAUCAUGAACCGUGACUACCGCCUCACAGCUCGUGCCCAUAAUAUUGUAAUAGACACCACUCAUGGCGACGAUCUUACUACGUUCCCCAUCGAAAAAGCCCGGUUCAGGAGUAUAUGGUACUCUAUCUGUGCCACAGGAAUCUCCACCGCUGGAUAUGGAUGGGCAUUACAGUCCAGAUCUCAUAUAGCUGUUCCGCUCGUUCUACAAUUUAUUAUCGGGUUCGCCAUAGCGAUCACUUUCAACGCAAGUUUCCGUUAUUUCAUAUAUGUUGCCUCUCCUUAG